AAAAAAAAACACAGCUGUCAAGCUAAGGUUAAAAUAACUUAUCAUUUUGAGCAACAAAUAAAUAAAAUGAGUCAGUACAAUAGAUAGUAGCUAACUUAGUUAAUAUUGUGAUUGCGCUACAAGCCAUGAAGAAGAUAAAUACAAAAGUCCCAGGAAUUUUACCACCGCCGCCAAAAUCUGAAAUUGAUGGUAAAAUAACAGAUUUAUCAUCAAAAACCGUUCCAGAAUUAUUAGAACUUCGAGAUAGGCAACGAAAACUAUUAAAUAACAAACCAUUUAUAGCUAAAUUAGCUGAUAAAGGAGCUAAAAUACAGGCUUUUCAUGAUAAAAUUGUAGUUGAAAUAAAGGCAAAACAUGACGAGGAACAAACACGUCAACUAUUCGAUCGCAUGAAACUCAGUGACAUAGACAAGCAGUCCGUGCAAAACAUCGAAUGGGAAGGCAAAAUGGGGGUUAAAGAGAACGUAUAUCUUGACUCUGAUGAUGACAGUGAACUUGAUGAUGUUUUACACAUUCUCAGUCAGAACACAGCGCAAGAAAAAAAACUAAAAAUUUUAGAACCAGAAAAACCAUUAAUAUCAACUGAAGAAUUGAUCGCAAUAGGAGAAAUUCCACAUGUAAAAUAUAUAGUCGAAAAAAGCGAAAUUCGAGCUAAACCUAAAACUACAGGACAAUUCAAACCAUUUAAAACAACAAUAUCUGAUGUUCAUAGGCCAGAAAAGGAGAUACUUAGAAAAAAGCAUAAAAAUUGGGAAGUUACUGCUGCUACACCACCACCAAUUCUUCAUAGCCCAGCUAAAGUUUUAAAUCUAGAAGAAUCUUUGAAACUUCAAAAAGAACACAAUAUGCAAUUAAAGGAGAUAGAAGCUCAACAUGCAGCGGAGAAACUACAAGCUCGUUUAGGUAUUAAAAUAGUCAAGGCACCAGAAUGCACUAGGAUAUUUGGAAAGUACAGAGAAGAGGAAAGUGAUGAUGAGACAGUCACUUCAGACCCUGAAGGGAGUGAUAAGGAGGUGCAUGAUGAGGAACCUGAAAGAGGAGGAGUAGUGUUCACUGUUAUGAAAUGAAAAUACUACUGAGAUUUAUUGUUCGAACAGGAUAUAAACCAACAUCUUAUAUAAACAUUGUAGUUGCAUAUCAUUGUAUAAUUUAUCUAACUGGUGUAAAAGUAUUACACGCCCCUUCACUAUGCUAUGACAAAUAUAAUUUAUGUUUGGAAAUAUAGUCAGAAAAAAACAUAUAAUACAUACUUUCU